AUGCCUGCAAGUUCAUUCAGUAUUCCAUCAGACAAUGGAUCUAACCACGAAUCAGGAUUGAAGACAUUUCUACAAAACUAUCAACACGAUUCAACAUUGCAUAUUGAAUCCAUACAAAAUUCUACACCCAGUACAGACUUUUCUACAUAUGAUCACACUGGUUUGACAAGACUUCCGGUAAAUCUAUUAACGUCUUGUAAAAAUGCAGAUGUAUCUUCGAACUUAAAUGUUUCGUUGAGCAGUCCCCUAGUAAAUCCUCUCGGCUCUGUGUGUAGAACUAGUAACAAAAUGUUAUUGAUUUUACAAUUAAAACCAUGUUUAACGCCUGUAAAUAUUGCCAAAGUUAGUGAAUCUAACAUUUCAAAUGAUAACAGUAGACCUACAUCUAAUAAUCAAGUCUAUGUGAAGUUAAAAGAAAAUAAAAGUGAUCAGGAAAAUGAAAGCUUACAGUUGAAAACUGGAAACCCAGCAUGUGAAAGUUUGACACGAUCAAAGGUAGAUAAAAAUAAAUCUGCAGUUUGUGAGGCAGAUGAAAGUAAUAACACAACAAGAGGUUCAUUCUGUAGGGUCUGCUACGUGGAGUGUGGCAGUCUGGAGCUGUUACAGGAACACAUGGAGAGGAACGAACUUAUGAUCUGUCGAGUGUGUACUGCAGAGUUCAACUGCCACAAAAAACUCGAAACUCAUUUCUUUACUCACAAAAAGUACAAUUGUAAGGUCUGCCAAGAAAGGUUUUCUGAUAAGAAAAGUCUUUUGGAUCACAGGAAAACAUCAACAAGUUGCAGUUAUCAAGAGGAAUGCAAAGUUUGUAGUAAAAAAUUCUUCAGUAAAAAAUACCUAGACAAACAUAACUUAAUAUUCCAUAACAAGAGUAGUGGACUGUUUAAGUGUGUAGUCUGCGGAAAUGGUUUUAUUCUUCUUGAGCAACUGAACUUUCACUUACAAAAUUGUCACAAUGCUUACGAGAAAGUAGAAUGCAGCAUUUGCCAUAAAUGGUAUUUAGGACCGAUAAAGUUGAAGAUGCAUGUCAAAGCAGCACAUCUAUAUUGCAAGAAAGAUGCUGAAAGAAGUGAUACUGUUUGUACGAUUUGUGAAAAGCGAUUCUCUACUGUUCAAAAUCUUAAGCGCCACAUGAAAAUUCACGAUGUUACAGAUUGCUUGUGUGACUUAUGCGGUAAAUCUGUUAAAGGAAAAUCUGCAAUGAAAAGACAUAUGCAGAACGAGCAUUCUAGAUCUGGUACAUUUGUUUGUAAAACCUGCAAUGAACAGUUUGAUAUGGAGGCGGCAUUGAAUAGACAUAAAAGACAAGUCCACACGAAACGGGUAGUCCCUCUUCCUGUCUUUUGUGAAAUAUGUGGUAAAGAAUACAAAUCAAAAGCAAUUUUGAAAGUUCACAGAUUUACUCAUUUUGAUGAAAAACCCUUUAAAUGUGAAAUUUGUGGUGCUUCUUUCAAGCAACAAUGUGCUCGAAAUACACAUAGAAGAGUACAUAACAGUGAGGGUAAAUUCCGGUGCAAUAACUGUGAAAUGACUUUUAAGUGGAAACAUGUAUACGCCAGGCAUGCAAAGAAAUGUGUGGGUGAAGGUUAAAAAUGUGUAGUUGUAAAUAGUGGCAUAAUUGCUUUUACUACUUAGGAACAUUAGACCUUUGAUUGUUACUUAAGUUGAUCUCUCUUUCAAGUUCUAUAAUCACUUUUCCACCGUGAUAGUCAAAGUUAAUGUGUAAUAUAUUCUUAAGAAAAAUUACACUUUGAAAGGUUUUGUUUCCAUCUUAAGCUGUUGUAGUAGUUUUUAAAAGCUAUUACAAAAAUCAUCUUAGACGAGUUAGUGAUGAAAGUAAAAAUGUUAUAAAUACUCACUAAUUCUCAGAAAAUAGUGAUAUCCAACAAGUAACAUCCAUAUGGUUAUACAAAUAUUAAUUCACAAUUUGUGCAAUCUAUCUACUUUUGCUUGAUGAUUGUGCAACAUCAAGGUUGCUGCACAACUGAUUUAUAACAAUGUCAGACUAGUAUUUAUGUCUUAGGACCAUUCACUUCUUAAUUCUGAUUUAUUAUUAUUAUUUUGAAACCAUACAAGUGAUAUUUUAGAAUCCAGUGUGGAAACUACAUCUCAUUCAAAUCUACUUUUUAAAUGAAACUGUACAAAAGAAAAUAUUUGUGGAAAAGUUAUAUAAUAUAGUGAAAAUAAUUAAUACAAUUUUCUCAGAAUUUUGCAUUGAAAUAUGCAAAGAUAGAAUUGUCAAUAACAGAUCUCAUUAUUUAUUUCAGAUAUUGGUAUAUUCUCUCUACAAAGACAGUAGUUAUAUCACACACUAUUCACAGAUUAAGCUCCCACCAAAAAAUUGCACAUAAUAUUGUAGGUAAUGAGAAUAUGCAAGACAAAUGUUUUGUCAGAAAAAAUGUAAAAUGUAAAAAUGACAGUCCACAAUUUUCCAGUGGCCAUUGUAAUAACCAGUCCAUAUUGAAAAACAAAAUAUCCAAAUUACAUAUCGAAUUAGGUGCAUAUAAGCAGUGUAUUUUUCCUAUUAAUUCCUUCAUUAAAGCAAUGUUAUGAUUUUGACGUGCCUUGUAUACUUUGUACAACUUUGAAUGUAUUUGUACAGUAUUAUAAAAAAAUCUAAUCUAAUUCUAUAUCAUUCUAAUGUAUUAUGAAGCACUUAUUUAUACAUUACUUAAAUAGUUUGAAAUAACAAUAAGUCUUAAUACCAAUAAAUCCUACUACUGUUUGACCUUAAAAGUGGUGUGAAUUUUUAAAUAGGACAGACUUAAAUCAGACAACCCUGCAAGAUUUUAUAGAUACAGCUAUUAAUAUAAAUUAAGUUGAAUAUUUUCAUGAUCAAACAAAUAGUUAUUUCUGUGGAAUAAUUCAUAAAAAAUUAUAUAAAGAAUAAAAUACAUGUAAAUCAUAAAUAUAAUAAAAUAUUAUUUAUCACCUGUA